ACUCGUAAUAUAUUUUUCCUUCGCAUCUUAUCUCUUAAGUCUUCAAAUAGCCUUAAAAUCUUAUCUAAUUAUAUUUUUAUAAACAGAAAACUCAGUUCAUUUGUAUCUUUUAAUGUUUGUGAGAAUAUCAACAUAUUAAUAAAAGAUUGCAGUAAGAUUCAAAGAACGCUGACUAUAGUGUUCGUCAAUUUAAAAUAACUUUUCACGCUUCAAAAUAUUAUAUUUAUUGCUUGUGCAAGAAUGAGUGAGUCUUCAGAUCAAAUGAUACUCAAGAUUCAAUAAUUAUUUUAAAGUGUUAUUAAAAAUAACUCUAUGUACAAAAGUAAGGACGUUCACGAAAUAUUCUUAUAUGUGAUUGGUGUUUUGCAAGAAUUUGGAAUUACUUAUUUCCGUGUACCAAGAGGAUAAAAUAUUUAUUCAUAUUGCAUUCAGUACAUCUUAUGCCUAGCUUUGGGGUUUCAUUACUUAUCAAGAUCGUCUGAAACAAUAAUCUUUGGUUAGGAUUCACGUACAUUGUUUUUUCUGUGGAUAACCAAAAAAAUUUAAGUCUCCGAAGUUUUUCUGAGUGUGAAAAUAAAAAUGUUAAAAAAUUUUGAUGAAUUGCAAAGAAACGAAAUUGCAAAACGUCGAAAAAAUGAUGACUGUAAAAUUGAAACUAUAAAAAAUAAUUCCAAAAAAAGAAAAAACAUUAAUUAUCAAGGAUUGAGACUCGAUGAAUUGGCACCCGAUGGUGGAUGGGGAUAUGUUAUUGCAGUAGCGAUGAUUAUUGUCUUUGUUACAAGCUACAGUGCAAGCCCAUCAUUUGCGAUUGUAUUCAGCGAAUUUUUUGAAUCAACUGGUCAAUCUGGUUCAGCAAUGACAAUCCUUAAUUCUAUAUUCAUGGUCAGCUUUUCACUUUCAGGUUUAGUGACAGAUGCUUUGUUGAAGAAAUAUUCUAUACGAUUUGUUGGUGUUGGAGCAGCAGUCCUGUUUUCAGUUCCGAACGUUCUCUCGGCGUUCGUUAUCCAUUUUUAUGAAUUAGCAACCAUAUGCUUUAUUCAAGGCAUUGGAGUAGGACUAAUGAAUACCAUCUGUAAUGCAAAUUUCAAUGCAUAUUUCGUCAAAAAAAGAACAAAAGUCAUGAGUGCUACUCAAGUUAUUAUUGGCUUAGGUGGAAUAAUUUAUCCCAUUGCAAUAGAAAAAAUGAUGACCGCUUAUGGAUUUCGAGGUACAGCUGCUAUGAUUGGAGUAAUCAGUUUGAACAGUAUUUGUGGAAUGCUAAUGAUGCAUCCAGUAGAAUGGCACUUACGAAGUCCACAUGAAGUUUGGGAAGAGCGACGUGCGUUAGAAAAGCUCAAGUCAUUCGAACAGCCUAAAAUUUUGAAUAAAGUUAACAAUUCUGAAGCUAAUGAUUUACUUCCAAGCAUGCAUGGGACACAAUCAGUUUUGUACAAAAGUCGGUGGAGUAGUAUGGGAAAUCUAAAAGAAAACAAGGAUCAGUCUUCACCGUUACUCAUCGGACAAAUGAAAGUGAACACUGAUUUUGAAAAUGGAAUCCGUCCAAGAUCAAAUUCAGCUCGAAUUGCUCUUGCAAAAAGAUUUUCAACAUUAUCAGCAUCAAGCUUUGGAAAUAUUGCUGUUGCAUCUGUAGAAGUACAAUAUCAACGAAUGGAAAUUUUACCACAGCGCCUCGAAGAAAAAAGUGAAUUUAAUGAAAUAAUUCGUCAUGGUGAAAAAUUAGAACGAAAAAAAAAAGAAUACGUACUUUUAAAUAUCAUGUCUAAUUCGUUUGAACUAUCUUUACUCAAAGAUCGCACAUUCAUGAUUAUGAGCUUGGGAAUAAGUUUCGUAUUUGUCAGUGAUUUCACGUUUUCUUCUCUUUUACCAUUAGCAAUGAUACACGAUGGUUAUUCCCAUAGUGACACAGCCUUGACCAUAACUAUAGGAGCUGCUGCUGAACUCGGAUCGAGAAUUUUUUUGGCUGUUUUUACACUAUUCGCUGAUGCUCGUGCUAAAACAUUGUUUUUUUUUGCGAUGAUCAUGAUGGGUUUUGCUAAAUUUGCAUACUACUACUUUGAAGGAACCAUGGUGGGAAUAAUGGUUUGUAUAUCGAUUAUUGGUGCUGUCAGAUCUUGGAUAUACGUACCACAACCUUUAGUUAUUGUUGAAAAUUAUCCAGUAGAAAAAUAUGCUGCCUGUUACGGUGUAUUUUCUCUCGUAUCUGGAAUAAUAAUAAUUGCUGUAGGUCCAGUCAUUGGUUUAAUUAAAGACUUGUCGAAUAGUUUUGCCGUGAGUCAAUUGCUACUGAUUGCCUUGAACUGUGUAUUUAUUAUUCCUUGGGCCAUAGAUCUUGCAGUUGACUAUAAAAAAGAUGAAACGAUAUAGAGAAGUUUAAAGAAAAGAGAAUUUUUUUUAAAGAGCUGAGUCAAUUAUUAAAUAUAUCUAUAUCUCGAUCGUUAUCAGCCAACUUUUUUUGUUGAAUAUAUUUAUUGUUUGUUUGCUCAAAAC